ACCACGGUGGGCGGAACCUAGAGGGAGGCGCUUUAGUGUCAGAGAGGCGUGCCCGGAUGGGUUCUUUUAGUCCUAAACUCCGCCCUCCUCCGGCUGGUGACAGGAGUUAGUGUAGUGCCGGGGGCUCCGGUAAAGGAGCGGAAAUAUGGCGCCGUCUCACGUUCUGCGCUGCUGCCAACGGGUAGUGGGCUGGAUCCCUGUGCUGUUCAUCACGGCGGUGGCCUGCUGGUCUUACUACGCCUUUGUACUGGAACUGUGCGUCUUUACUAUUCCAUCUGAUGCUGAAAAAGCUGUCUACAUGGUGAUUUUCCACUUAUUUUUUAUUAUGUUUAUAUGGUCUUAUUGGAAGACAAUAUUUACACGUCCUUCUAAUCCGUCCAAAGAGUUUUGCUUAUCCAAAUCUGACAAAGAGCUGUAUGAGCGGGAGGAGAGGCAAGAGUUUCAGCUGGAGAUCCUCAAGCGCGCUGCUAAAGACUUGCCCAUUUACACCACGACUGGGACAAGAGCUAUCCGCUAUUGUGACAGAUGCCAGCUAAUAAAGCCAGACAGAUGUCACCAUUGCUCCACCUGUGAUGUAUGUGUACUUAAGAUGGAUCAUCAUUGCCCAUGGGUGAAUAAUUGUGUGGGAUUUUCCAAUUACAAAUUCUUCUUGCUGUUUCUGGUGUAUUCCUUGCUGUACUGCUUAUUUAUUGCUGCUACAGUGCUCCAGUAUUUCAUAAAGUUCUGGACGCUUUGCCGCAGCAAAUCUGAAGAGAGUUGUCCACAGAAUGAGCUUCCUGACACUCGUGCAAAGUUCCAUGUCCUUUUCCUGUUCUUUGUGGCUGCCAUGUUCUUUAUCAGUAUAUUGUCACUCUUCAGCUAUCACUGUUGGCUUGUCGGAAAAAACAGAUCCACUAUCGAGGCCUUCCGCGCUCCCUUAUUUCGAAGUGGUCCGGAGAAAGAUGGAUUUUCUCUUGGUUUCAGCAAAAACCUAAGAGAAGUUUUUGGUGAUGAGAAGAAGUAUUGGCUGCUCCCUGUAUUUACAAGUUUGGGAGACGGUUGUUCUUUUCCUACUCGUCUUGUACUUGGGGACCCAGAACAAAAUGCUGUCACUGUGCAGACGGAUUCUACCAAACCUGUGGGACCAAGCCAGACGUUUCCUGCCAGACCUCUCAGCGAGUCCCAGAAUCGCUUGUUAGGAAGUGAAAGUCAGUGGACUGACAAUGCACCAGGGGAGGAGCAUGCUGAUAAAGGUGUGGAGAGCCAUGUUGCAGUUCUAAUUGAAAGCUGAGUAGUGAUUAUGUAUCAAGUGAAUCCUCUAAAUGGGGAAGGAGGAACUUCUGCAGCACGUUUGUGCUCAAUCCAGACAGCAGAGAUCCACAGACUCAUGUGCCACCAAAAAAAAACACCUACAAUAAACACGUUGACAAAUGUCUGGAAGUGCCAUGGUAAGGACGAAUACCCGAUGCCUUACAAUACACCUGCAACACCAUACCACCCUUUGCUCAGCGACUUCAUUUGCCUCUGGAAACCUCUGCUCAGUGUAUUAUUUCUACAUCCAGACUGGCGGUUAUUCGACAUCAAGAAAGGCAGCUGUAAAUUGUGAUUUCCCCACUUUUUUUAAAAUUUGUAACUGCCAAGGAUAUACUGCAAUAUAAGGGCUGUUAUUGUUACCAGUGUUCUACAGUUUUACAUGACAGUUUGGCCCGAUUAUCCCUGAUCUCACUGCCAAUCUACACACGCCAUUGAUGCACUGCUUCCCCUGUUCUUGCACAUUUUUUCUUUCUAAAGACCUCCGUAAACUUUUAUAUUCAAUGGCAAACUAACACACACACAAAGAAAUGGGUCAAGCGUGAUGCGAAAUGUAAUGCCAAACAACGUCUAUAAAUGAUAAAUCUCCUGUUUUCUUUCCUUUAACUCGACAUUCUUUCAGCCAAACGUGAUCUUCAGCCAUUAGUGGGAAAACGAAGCCGUUCUUUAGCGAAUGAGCGAUGAUUACAUUCCAGUGUGAAUAUACAGUAUCACUUCUGAGCUUGCAAUGCUUUCAUCAGGUCACAUUUAUUACCAGAUUUCAGGACUUCUAUAUACCAAAGGGAAUUUUUAAUUUUUUAAUCCUAUGGAAGUCCUUAAGAAUGUUCUUUGUUGUCUGUUUCUUUCUCACUGCCGUGUCACCAAGCUCGGCCGACUCUGGACACUUGUCUCAUGGAUUCUGUUUACAGAUUUUUCCUUUUUUAAAUUCAAGAAUAAAGCCAUUACUUUUCCAAAAUUGGCUAGAAUGACUGCAAUAUAUUUGGCUGAUUUUUUUUUUUUUUUUUGAUUUUUUUUCGAUAAGAGAAACAUUUAUCGAAGUUCGAUGUCGGAGAUUUUGAUUGAGAUUAAUUAUGAAUGAGUCGCCAGCCAGUGUUCCAAUGAUUCCUGAAUUUCUGGUGUUCGUUAAUUAUCAAACUGAAGUUGAUCAGAAUUUUCGAGAGACUACUUAAAACGAUUCUACUUAGUUGAAUAUCUGCUUUUUUUCCCUUGAAAACUCAAAUUUGAGGUUUGGCGUAGAGACUGCUGGUAUGCUAUAAAAUUACCCCCAAAUAUUUAAGACCUGAAUAUCGUCAGAUUCGAGGCGAAUCGAGAUUUUAUGUCCGUGAUACAGGAGGUUGCACAAGAGAAUUCCACAUUAAUGCACAAUGUUGCCCCCCUAGUCAGUAGAAAUUGUGAAAGCUCCUCGGACUCCACUUUUAUCUUUACGAAUAAGAGAAUAUGCAUAAAGCUGAGAUUAACGUUCAUGCAAGAUGAUUUAGAGAGAAGUGGUGCCAUUCUGUUACAACGAGAACCUUCAACCUGAGGAAGUAGAACCAAAACGUCUUUACAGCCAGUUUUAGCAAAGUGAGAAACAACCGUAUAAGACUGAAACUGAAUGAUUUUAUCAGAGACGUUAAUUUAUACUGCUUUUUAUAACUUUUUUAUAACAAUUCUUGUGAGUCCUUUAUGUACUGUAUGUCUGAAGGGUUCUUAUAUUGUCUGUCUAUGCGAGUUCUUUACAAAUAUAAUUUUUCAGCUUACUCUUAUUGGCAAAUAAAGUCAACUGUUAAAAUGA